AUGGCCGAUGCAGGCAUGUUUGACUUUGGGCUGACGUUGCCCUUCGUUCUCAAUGCCUUGUUCUAUGCUCCAGUCUCGGAGGAGGUGGAAGAGCGCAACGCCAAACUGUUGCAGACGCUCUCGGAGGCCACAGACAUGUUGGCAGAAGCUGACGAGAUGCAGGUGCAGUACACGGCUGAAAUCAAGGAGGCCCGCGAGAAAGCCGCCAAGGAGUUGGCAGAUGCUCGCUCCAAGACUGAGUCUCUCAUCCAGUCCCAGAUGACAGCUGCAGCAGACGCACGUGAAAAGAAAGCUGCUGAGGUCAAGGUGAAGCUCACCGCAGAGAUGGAUUCGAAGAUUUCAGCCUCAGAGCCCGAGAUCAUCAAGAGGAAAGACAGCUUCGUGAAGGCGACUCUGGCGGGUGUUGGCCUGUAA